AUGGAGACCAGCCAGGAUUCGUGGGAGAAAACAAAAGUGCGAUCUUCUUUCGAACGCGCUACUGAAGGGUUCCUCGGCGACCAGGUCAAGAAACACGGUGGAAGCCUCCCGGAGCCUUUCGUCCGGCGAUGCACGAGGUCUAUCAUGGAAGGGCUCAAACAUAUUCACGAGCAAGGUUUCGUUCACUUCGACGUGAAGCUUCAGAACGUUCUCGUUUCUGACGACGAGGUGAAAAUCGCGGACUUUGGACUCACCAAGGAGAAGGGUAAGAAACAAGGGAAGUGUGAGUUCAGGGGAACAUCGUUGUUUAUGUCGCCAAAAUCGGUGAAAAAUAAUGAAUAUGAGCCGUUAGCGGAUAUUUGGGCCUUGGGAUGCACCGUCGUGGAGAUGGUGACCGGAAAACCCGUGUGGGAUGUUAGCAACGGUUCCAGUAUUUGGUCAUUGAUUAUUCGGAUUGGAGUGGGAGAAGAAUUGCCAAAGAUUACAGAAGAAUUGUCGGAAGAGGGGAAGGACUUUUUGGAGAAGUGCUUUGUUAAGGAUCCCAAGAACAAGUGGAGCGUUGAGAUGCUUCUGAAGCACCCUUUCAUCAAAGUUGACUCAUUUUCGUUUGAGAAAGUUCAUCAACCGUUACUGUCGCCGUCACCGAGGACCCACUUCGAUUUUCCUGACUGGGCUUCCACCAUAAUGGCUUCGCUCCCGUCAUCCCUAGAUUCCGAUGAGCACUCUGGGUGGACAAGUUCUCCGGAGAGUCGUCUCCAGCAGCUUGUCACUGAUAAGACACCAGAGAAUUGGUCAGGAUUAGAUGGCUGGAUCGGCGUUAGGUGA